AAAAAUAACAGAGAGGAAAAUAAUCAAUAACUUCCAUGUAUAUACAACAGGUAUAAGGUACGUGGUUGUCCCAAGCAUAGACACACGCGCCAUACCAUCGCGACCGGAUCAAUGCGAGGGAACCGGUGUUUUACAUUCCGAGGAAAUUCACGUCUCGUUGAAAAUGGAAUUGUUUACAGCUCUGAGCUUAUUCAGUCGACAAAAGUACGAGGAAUGUGCCGCGGUAUGCACGGAUCUGUUGAGAAAGAAUCCACUGGAUCAGGCUGUGUGGGUUUUGAAGAUGCGUGCUUUGACGUUGCAAAUCUAUGUGGAUGACAUCGAAGGCGAAGAGGAAGGAAUCGCGGAGACUUUGCUAGAUAACUACGCGAUAUCGUCGAUGCCAAGGCCAGGAACUUCCCUGAAGAAUCCUGGCACUAGUUAUACCGGUCAAGGAGUGCGACCGAAAUCUCAGUCUGGUAGACCUGUUACUGGGGUAGUGCGACCCGCUACUCAAGCAGCGAUGUCCCAAUCGAUCGAGCAGGCGUUGAGAACACCGAGAACAGCGAUGACUGCUAGACCAAUCACAGCGAGCUCAGGACGCAGUGUCAGACUUGGUACCGCGUCAAUGUUGACGGAGCCCGGUGGACCCUUUAUCCAGUUAUCGCGGUUGAAUGUAACCAAGUACGCCAGCCAACAAAGCAUAGCGAAACCGUUGUUCGAAUACAUAUAUUAUCAUGAGAACGAUGCGAGAUACGCGUUGGACUUGGCCGUUCAGGCGACACAGAUCUGUCAGUACAAAGACUGGUGGUGGAAAGUCCAGCUGGGAAAGUGUUACUACACCCUGGGACUGGUGAGAGACGCAGAACAGCAGUUCAAGUCCGCGUUGAAAGAUCAUAAAGCUGUCGAGACUGUUCUGAGACUGAUCAGAGUCUAUGUCAGACUGGACCAGCCGUUAGCCGCGCUGGACACGUGCAAGAAAGGUCUCGAGUACUUUACGAAUGACGUCACAAUUCUCACGGAGAUGGGUCGCAUAUUUGAAGGCCUGAACAACUUGUCGAUGUCCAUGAAAUAUUACAAAAUGAUUGCGCAGGAGGACGCCUCUCACACCGAGGCGAUAGCUAGUAUAGGCAUGCAUCACUUUUACAACGAUCAGCCGGAGUUGGCGUUACGUUAUUACAGGCGUCUACUGCAAAUGGGUGUACAUAAUACCGAAUUGUUCAAUAAUCUCGGGCUCUGUUGUUUCUACGCCCAGCAAUACGAUCAUACUAUAUCAUGUUUCGAGAGAGCACUAAGUCUCGGUACCGAUGAAAACAUAGCCGAUAUAUGGUACAACAUUUCCCACAUUGCUAUCACUUUAGGUGAUCUGAUAAUGGCCGAGGAAUGCUUAAGAUUGGCUAUCGCGGCCGAUAAUAGGCAUGCUUUAGCUUACAAUAAUCUCGGUGUGUUAGAAAUACGAAACGGCAAUGUUACGGCAGCGAGAACUUACUUCCAUGCGGCGGCUAACAUCGGCAGUUACUUAUACGAAGCGCACUUCAACAGCGCUCACUUGGCUUAUGAGGUUAUUUAUUUUUUCCGCUUAAUUAUGCAUGUAUUGACUGAUAUUGGAAAUUUGUUUCAUGUACUUGUACAGGUUGGAGAUCUGCAGACAAGUUACAACGCGAUACAAAAGUCGUUGAGUUCCUACCCCGGACAUCACGAUAGCAAGACUCUCUUGCGAAAACUACAACGAUACUUCUCGCACAUAUGAGACAAACAAUGAGAGAAGUGUUUCUUAAUCUACAUUAUCCUGUUAUAUUGUAUUAUUUUGUUUAAUGUAUAAUAUUUAAAUGUAAUUCUAUAUACAUAAUGUACAUGUACAAAGCGGCAGAAAUCAAUUUCUACAUUGUUUAUAAAUGUCUGAAAUUGAAAAAUAGCAAUCAAAAUCCGAAUCUGAUAUGAAAGAAUCGUUAAAAUUUACGUAAAAGUAUAAGAAUCAAUACUUAAAUGCAAUAACUUAGAGAAUUAAUGAUAAAAUUGUCCGUUAUUAUAUCUAGCACUGUCUUUUCUUAUCAAGUUUGUAUAAAUAUAUAUAUAUCAAUUGA